AUGCGUUUUAAAAACAUUACAUGCGAGAGCAAGGAUGCAAGCACGAUUUCGGUUGCAUAUUGUUUUGUGGGAUCCUUGAAUGUGCACGAGAACUAUAUUAGUUUGCGUUACAGCCUUCUCAAGAACGAAACUGUCGACAAACUAGUGUUGCAAGUUCAACUCAUGAGAAAAGUAAGCACUUGGAACCCAUAUCUGUACGCAAUCAAGAUUGACAUGUGCAAGUUUUGGAAGCACCGUUACAACUAUUUGGCCAAACUGAUAAUUAGUUUUCUUGACGGGCACACCAACAUGAAUCACUCCUGUCCCUACAAGAAUGAAACCUACCUAACCAUUGAUAAUGUCACAAAUAUUGAGGUGUCAGAAAAAAUUGCCCAUCUUCCCCUACCGAAAGGACGUUACGCACUCCACACCACUUUUCAAGCAAAUAAUGUUACCCGCGCCCAAACGAAUAUAUUCUUUGAAAUGAUCUAA